AGUGCGACUUCGGGAAGCCUCGGGAAAAAAUGGCUGAAACUGUUUCACCAGUAACUCGACAAGUUACCAAAGAAAACCAGAACACUUGGACUCCAUCCGUCGACAUUCGUCUUGAGGACGUGGAGGACUGUUUAAUAUACGACCGACAUGGAGUCUCUAUUCCGUUCAAGAAAUUAUAUCAAGACAGGAAAUCGGUGGUAAUUUUCGUCCGGGUAUGAGAAAAAUCUUUGUUUGGCUUAACCUUGCUGAUCAUGAGUCACAGGCUAACGUGCCUGAAGCUUCGUUUUAUCACAAGAUGCUCAAGUCUAGUGAAUUUAGCCCCUAAAGAGACCAUCAAAGUAGGCAACAGGUGAGCUCAGCAUGGCUGGACAGAUGCCUCAACACCUUCACAGGCUGUGGAGGAAUGAAGAGAUCAUGUCUAUAGGUGAACACGGAGAGCUAAAUGGGAAAAAAAGCGAAAAAUGAGUUAAAAUGAGAAUUGCAUUAUUUGCUGUAACACUACAGCCUGUUGACGUUUAUUUUUGCUUUCCUGUGUGUCUCUGCAGAGUUUCCUGUGCUACAGCUGUAAAGAAUAUGUAGAUGAUCUGAGCAAAAUUCCCAGAGAAACUCUGGAGGUAAGUCCGGAUUUGGAACCAUCAGCACACUGGACAUCAAAUGUUUGUCAUACUGUUAUUGGGGGCUACUUAGAGAUCCUGUUUUGAGAAAACAGGGUGAUAUUUUUGUCAGAAACAGUAUUUAGACAUGUGCAGGACAAAGUCAGCAAGUGAGAUGAGGAUCAACUUUGUCCUGUCCAGAGGGCACUUUAAUCGACACAAAUAGGAAGCGCUUACAGAAGUAAAGAUGUUAUAUUCCUUUUUAGUAUCUCAGUGACAACACUCUAAAAUCUUCUGAGCUUAAACUUUAGGACUCAAAAGUAUGUCAGGGAAAAGUCACUAUCUAAGGUACUUAAAAGAUGUGGGGCAAACCCCUGCGCAGGGCCGGCCCAAGCCUCAAUGGGGCCCAUUGAUUUUGAUUUUGGGCCCUGCAUUUCCGCCAAUAAUAUUGAUUGUUAAUCAUUCACACACCCUCUCAAAUCUCUUUGAUUAACAUUCCAUGACAUGCAAACAUACCUUUAUCUUGGCAUUUUUUCUCUCUUCCUCCCUUUUCCUCUUUCUUUUCUCUGCUCCUGAAGGAUAUGUCCUUUUUUGCGACAUUGUUUUACCCCACAACUACCUACGCUUUGGAUGCUCAGUGCACAUAGCACAGCAGGAGACACUAACAGUAGUGGAGCUUUGACAUAUCGGCAGUAAGAAUCAUAGGCCUACAUCAGCAGCAGCACUAUAAUGUUUUUACUUUAUUUUAUUUUUACAGUAACAUAUAUUUGAUCAUACAGAAAGCAUCACUCAUACAUGCAAAAAAUUAUAUAUAUAUAUAUAUAUAUAUAUAUAUAUAUAUAUAUAUGUGUAUGUGUGUGUGUGUAUAUAUAUAUAUAUAUAUAUAUAUAUAUAUAUAUAUAUAUAUAUAUAUAUGAUUGCUCUUGGGGGCCUCUGACUGGCCGCGGGGCCCUAAGCAGGCGCUUAGUUAGCUUAUGCCAUGGUCCGGCUCUGCCCUAGCGCAUGAUCAAAAACACAAUUUGCCAAUGUUUUGACUUCAAUAUUGAUCUCCAAUGUGCACCUGCUCUUUGAAGAGAUAUUGAGAGAUAAGUUAUUCCUUUAUUAGUCCCUCAAGGGGAAAUUCCCAUUUCAGUUCAUCCAGUCCAAGAAACAUAAAACAGACUUGUUUAAGUUGCCAUAAGGAACUUUUGGCUUGAGUUGGUUUUGGGGCCCCCUGUGGACAAAGAGAUAUCUCUUAUGUCUUGUCCUGCACAAAUGAAGCAAGUUGUCUUUUUGGACAAAAACCUCAUCCUGUUGUCUUUUAAGAGAGAGAUGCAUCAUUUACUGUUUGAAUUUGUCAUGGAAAAAGGAUUUUCUCUUUUGACUACUACCCCCGCACAGCAGUUUCAGGCCUCAGAAAAUCACAGUAGGACCAUUUUCUGUCAUGUUGCUGAUGUUCUUGGUUGCUUUUGAAUUUCACAAAGAGGCUUCAGUAUAAGUUUUAGCCUGUUUCUCAACCAGUUAAGCACUCCUCACAGUGCCUUCAAGUUUAAAUAAAAAAUGGAAGCAGCGUGUUGCAACACAACCCUAAAAGUUGAUUUUAACUGUAGAGAGUGAGUGUGAUCCAACAUUUUUCCUGAAUAAUACAAACUUGGAUGUUUUUUGUGACAGGAUGCCAACAUUAGACUGGUUGUGAUUGGCCAGUCUUCUCACCUUCAUAUAGAGGUAACAUAUUUCUUGAGUCUUAAACACACUUUUAAGUCAUCCUCUCCUCCUCCUCCUCUUAUUAUGCUGAUUUACGUUUUGUUAUCUUUCAGUCAUUCUGCUCACUGACCAGGUAUCCUUAUGAAAUGUAUGUGGACCCAGAGAGGAAUAUUUACCAAAAGCUUGGGAUGAGGAGAGAGGAGAUAUUUACAGAGUCAGGUGAGGUGAUAACAAAUUGACCAUAAAUAAACCCUGUGUUUUCGGAAACAGAUAGCACUGAAAAAAAAACAUGUGAUUGUGUGUGUUUGUUAGCCCACCCUAGUCCCCAUGUGAAGUCUGGGAUGUUUACGGGACAAGUAAAGAGUAUAUUGAGGGCUAUGGCCAGCCCUGUGUUUGACUUCCAGGGUGACCUACAUCAGCAGGGUGGAGCCAUCAUUGCAGGUCCAGGUAAGCUUCUCUCCUUCAUUCUCUCUUGGCCUCUGUCAUGUUCAUCUUUCUCUUUCCACCCCUCACUCUUUGUUCCCUCCCCAGGUUCUCAAGUUCAUUUCACCCAUUUUGACACAAACCGCCUGGACCACAUGCCCAUCAACUGGCUCCUGCAGCUCGCCGGGGUUCAACAGACUCUGGACUUCAGCGAUAAGCCAAAGAUCAUCCACGUGUAGAGGGCGGGUGGCCCUGAAACUCCGCCUCAACCCAAACCACAGUUAUCAAAACAUACAGUGAUGUAUGUGUUGCUUGUUAGUUACAGCAGUUCUUUAAACUGAACAUUUGCAACCAUAGGCGGCUCAGGCAACAUUGUUCAGUGACAGACACUUGUGCUUUAGUAGGUUUAGUGCAGUGGUUCUCAACUGGUCUCACUCUGGGACCCACAUUUUCCCAUGGUCCUUAAGUUUUUCUUUUAUAAAAUUCAAACCAAGCUAAUUUAUUUCUUAUUAAAAAAAACUUUAAAGACUCAAAUCUUUGACUUAAAUACACCUAUUUUAUUGAGUAAAGUGCACUUCAGAGCACAUGAACUGAGGAUGAAAACUGCUAAAGGUGCGUAUACAGAAAAUAUCAAAUUGCACAUAAUGGAGACCAGCAAAAUGAAAAAAAAUGACUUAUUUGCAUCUCUGCACUCAGAGCAUAUUUAGAAGAACCUGAGGAGGACCAUGCAAAAGCAUGGACAAAAGUAAAUAAAUAUCAAAUUGCACAAAAUGAAGACCAUUAAAAAAACAUGUAAUUUUACUGCAUUCAGGCCACAUUAAUAAGAAACCAAGGAGGACCACGACAUAAUGCGUCCCUAUCAAAAUAAGAUCGUUUUCAAUAUAAGACAUGUCAAACAUCAGAUGUGCAUUAAGUAUUUACUUUUUUGACCAGCUGUUCGCGACCCAUCCAGAACGGUCCAUGUAUUAUCCGUCCAUUCAAUUAUUCCAUUCAAUCUAGUAAAUGAAAAAACGAGUCAAUAUUUUGUUUAUUUGUUUUCUGUACAGCCAAAAAAUUAAAGAUUCGCAUUGCAUGACAAAGUUGCCAACAAUGUGGACCAAAAACUCCAGGCCAAAGUGGUAGAGAAAGGCUAACCUGCUGUCAUGGAUUUUGGCGCUCGAACCGCUCUGUCGCAUCUUUCGCCAUGGUAACUGUCGCUGGGGUUCAUGGGAAGGCCAAUGUAGCCUCCAUGCAUGUAUACUCAAAACAGGCGCACUCAAAAUUAAUAAUUGUAAAUAAGAUUUAUUAUUUUGUUGUCGUUUCCUUCUCUAUUAUAUAUUCUGUUUUGAGCUGAAAAUAUGAAAACAAUCAAAUUUUUUUUUAUUUUUUGGUUAUACAGAAAAACAAACAGAAAAACAAAAUAUUGACUCGUUUUUUCGUUUCUUUUACUAGAUUGAAUGGAAUAAUUGAAUGGACGGAUAAUAAAUGGACCGAGAAUGUGUCAGCGACCCACUUAAGGGCCGGGGCCCACCAGUUGAGAACCACUGGUCUAGUGGUUACUUCUCUGUAAUGAUCAAUAACUUUUUCAGCAUUGUCCUUGAAAUGAGGUUUUUUUUUGUCUUGUGAAAGCUUAAUUGGACCAAGUGAAGACAUUUUGUGGACACUAAGUCUGUCUUUUCCUUCUACAUCUUUCUUAUUCUGUCAGAGUCAUAUGAUAUAUUUUGUUAUUCAGAGAUGAUUGUGUGGUUAAUAUGUAUCAGUGAUUCAUAAUCACUGAUAUGCACUUUUCUGACAGUGUUUAUUACUCCGCAAAUAAAUUCAGUUGUGACUUCUUGGCUACA